GGCAAAUUUUUGGGAGAAGACUCGGAAGAGUCUUCACUCAUGUUCUCCAAAUACUCAUAUAUAUAUACAUAUAUGUAUAUAUAUCUCAAAUGUUAGGUUCACUUCUGGAAGAAUAACUACAAUUCUUACGUGAUUCUCAUAAUCACUCUCAUCAUCAUCAUCUUUUUCACUUUCUUCAAUCUUUUCAACCAUUUCUUGAUGAUUAUCCAGGGUCAUGAGGUGCCGAGUGGAUGGCCUUUUGGGCUCGGAAGUAUGAACACGAGACUUAGUGUACGAGAGAGUGGUGUGGCUGUAACCGGUGGAAGAGAACCGAACACUUUUCAUGGUCCGUCAUCGAGUUUUUCUUCGUUUUCAUCAUCCAACCUUGACACAGAGUCCACAGCGUCGUUCUUUCAAGACAACAGCGUCUCACUAGGCCGACUGAUUGGAAUCGCACCACGAGAGAACAGAACCUUAUACUUUCCCAGAACAACGUGCAUACCAGACCAAAGAUCCCAACGCUCCAAGGUAUCGACUAAAGCUCACGAAAUCGAAACAUCUCACGGGAUUUGCGUUCCGAACUUGUUGAAUAUUUUGGUCAAGAUCAGCAGAAGUAAAAGCCACACAAGACAGUGAAGAACACUUCCAAGUUAGGAACUUAUGGCUCUUCAUUAGUGAAUAUGAUCAUAAGAGUGUUAUGUGUUAAGGUUUAGAACCAAAACGAGUGCAUUUUUCAGUUUUCUAGUUAUCCUUUGACUCGAUUUGACUCGAUAUGUGUUUUGUACACUUGAUAGAAAAUAAAGAUGAAACACGUAAAAUGAAGAAUAAAUGUGACGUAAAAAUGUUUGUUUCU